GAAAUCAAACCUCUCCUCUUCCUGCUGGAGGACCCCCAUGGGACCGCAGUCCUUCUAUUUAUCCACCAAUCGGCUCGUCGGAGAGGAAAAAUAGGAGGACAGGCUGCACGGAGGAGCGCGCGUCGGGCAGGGUUGCGCACAGAGAAAGACGAAGCUGCGACACCAGUGAGGAGAAGACGCGACUAUCCGACACACACGGCCAUGAGGAUGCAGUGAAGAGGCUCUCUGCUCGUUUCCAGCCGGGUGAAGGGCAGCUUUAAUCUGAUUAGGGCAACAAUGAGCGUGAUUCAGGCCGGGCACGACGGCAGGGUGGACGGAGGCAGAGGAAGCCUCGGCGACAGCGGCGGCGGCUCCCCGAGGCUCCUCCAGCACUGCGCUCAGCCUCCACACAGCAGCAGCAGCAGCAGCCGGACUAAAGAUGCCAGAUAUCAGCAGCAGCAGCUCCAGCAGCAGCAGAGGCAUCAUGGAGGCUCGAUGCUCAAACAACCAGCGCACAACGAGCCGGCCGACGUCGUGAGGCGCGCACUGGACUUCAAGUGCCAGGGCACGCAGUGCUACAAGGAUAAGAAGUACCGAGAGGCGAUCGGCAAGUACCACCGCGCUCUGCUGGAGAUCAAGGGGCUGUGCAGGGUGCUGGGGGACCCGGACGCCAGCUCCAAGCCUCCGUCCCCCCUCCUGCCCACCAUCAGCAAGUCCAGCACGCUGACAGACGAGCAGAAGGGGGCCAUGGAGAACGCGGAGCUGGAGUGUUACAACAGCCUGGCCGCCUGUUUGUUACAGAUGGAGUUGGUGAACUAUGAGCGAGUGAAGGAGUAUUGUCUGAAGGUUCUCUACAAAGAGGGGAAGAACUUUAAAGCUCUGUACCGCUCCGGCGUGGCGUAUUACCACCUGGGAGACUUCCAGAAGGCGCUGCACUACCUGAAGGAGUCGCACAAACAGGAACCAUCAGACACCAACGCGAUCCGCUACAUCCAGCUGACGGAGAUGAAGAUUCGCCGGAGCGCCCAGAGGGAAAAGAAGGAGGCGACAUAAUCCCCCCCCAAAAACAGAAGACGCCCUCGCCGCUUGAUGACUUGUAACACGCCGUAAAAUUUGCGCCCUAAUGUGUGCCACCCGGACCUCAACACGCCACGAGUCACAGGUCUGGGUGUGAGCGUUUUUUAUUUGGUUUUGCUUUUUGCCUCGCUCAGCAGCCGCUCAUGUGAUUGAACUUCUUCAUCGUGUGCUUGAAGCGUUUUGAUGAGAAACCACCAAAUGUGUCGAUGACCAAUCCUCCCCGAGUGUGUUUUUUUUUUUAACCCGACAAACCGAUGCACUGCCAGUCCGAACACUGCACACACACAGGCUCACACGCGGGACAGAGACGGGAACAUCACGGUCCUGAAGUAAAUCCAGCACGCCGAGCGUUCCCUGUGAUCCAGCACGCCGAGCACGCCGAGCGUUCCCUGUGAUCCAACACGCCGAGCGUUCCCUGUGAUCCAGCACGCCGAGCACGCCGAGCGUUCCCUGUGAUCCAGCACGCCGAGCGUUCCCUGUGAUCCAACACGCCGAGCGUUCCCUGUGAUCCAGCACGCCGAGCACGCCGAGCGUUCCCUGUGAUCGCACAAGACAUGUUCCAAAACAAACAAACUGUCAGCACACUUUAUCUUCAAAGUUCAACUAAAGAUGGAGAUUUGUUUACACUCUCAACAUAUCUGAGUGCGUUCAGUCAGUGAGGCUGAAGGUGGUCAUGUGGUCACAUGGUCAUGUGGUCAUGUGGUCACGGGAUCUGCAGAGCGAGCGGAGGAGGGGGAAGCUGUUCAUGUGUUAAUGCCAAAAUGAAGCACUUCAUCCACAACGUUUUCUGUAUCGAUAAAUACUGUGUGUUUCCUGUAAAGGUAUGAGUGUAAUAAAUGUGUGAACUACU